AUGAUUGCUAAAGCAGUCCAACCUAAAUUAGAGAUUAAUACUUUAACUUCUCAAUUUACAGAAUGGCUUAAUUAUAAUUUAAAAACUGAAGAAACUUGUAAAGGGAUUUAUUGGUUUAAAAAAUCAAGUUAACAAAUUGAGUCAAAUUAAUUAAUUAUUUAAUUGAAAAUAGAUAUCAAAAUAUGCAAUAGAAAGAAUUUGAUUAAAUGUCAUCUUAUAAACAAUUAACUUAAUGUGGAUUUCCAAAAGGAUUAAAGAAAACAAUUAUCUGAAUAUCAAAUAAAAUUGAUGAUUCAAGAGACUAAUUAUCCAACUUUUAGAAAUCUAAUGGAAGAUUAACAAGUGUAACUGAGAAAUUAGAAAUACUAACAAAUAAUUUCUAACUAAAGGUGA